CGCGAACUACAGUUUUGAGCGCCACCCCUGGACAUGCUCUCUGGUCGCAGAGGCUGGUCAGAGGAGUGCGUGAUUAGGCAUCCAUGGAAUGAUGUAAUGCGGGCUGUCCAGAAUAAAUACCCCAAUCCCCAGAAUAACAGCGUCCUCAAUAUGGAUGUGAUCAAGCGGUCCGUGGAUCUACGAACGGGGACUAUCCAUUCUUUGAAGCUUCUAAACUCUUCGUUUUCUACGUUUCUACAUCUGGGACAGUUACGGGCCGUAGAAUGGAGUACAAUCGAUCGCAAGGAAAAGCGGAUGGUGACCGUCUCCCAUAACAUUAGUCUCCGGGCCGUCAUGAAGGCAGUCGAACACCUGGAAUACAGUGAACAUCCCGAAAAUAAGGAUUGGACCCUGGUAAAACAUUCCGUCACAAUCGAUGCUAUUUCGCCGAUCGCAGCGGCCGCCUCCUCCACCAGUAGAAUGAAUGCACAGCAGGGUCGUGAGGCGUUAAGCUGGGUGAUCAGGCACCGACUGCCUCUUCUGCACUCCUUCCCACAUUGGAAGUGGAACUAUUAUCCUGAUUCCAGUUGCGAAGAAGUCCUCCCCGCAACAGAGCCAAUUCAUACGUUGCCAGCUGCCGCUGAUUCUUCCUCAAUGGAAACAACCGGUCGGUCCAGUUCGGCCCCAGCAAGCCCAUCCUGGAACUGGACACAGGGUAUACUAGCUAGUCCGGUGACGACCGCGAUGGCUGAAGAACCGAGCUCUGCUUUGAUAGACAUACCACCCAGUUGUCCGGCACCCGAACCUCCGCACAGUCGCCCCACGAAGCCUCGAUUUUUCAGUGAUGCGACCCUAGAAACCCCUUCACCAGAACCUCCUAGGUCCGUGGAUUCACCCAUUCAUCGACUUGGUUCACAUUUCGAAACGUUGACGCGUGACGUGACUGCGAUGAGUGACGCUUUACUUCGACGAUCUCAACGUGUUGCUCGUCUCUUCUCAAAAAUCGACGAGUAUGUGGUCAUAAUGUGAUGAUUCACGUGGCUUUGUCCGCCCUCCUCUCUAGCAGGUCUUAGAUUAACCCUUUUUGGUUGAGCAAUACCAAACACGUGUUCUUCUUUUCUAGCGCUUUCUCUUAUUUUUUUGCCUCACUGAUCGGUCGUUUUUAAACAAACACCAUUUGUUCGUUUGCCCAUCCUGUGCUUCUCUCUCCGGUGUGCGGGAUUGUUGUGUGUUCCCAUCGCCGGAGCUCCUUGAGUUCACCUCAUCACAGUCUGCUCACACAGUGUCAGAAACGCCGAAUAAAUUCAGUAGUCAUUGCGUGGCGUUCCCGUUUUUUUU